AUGGUCGGGCAGACGAGGAGUAAGUUCAAAGAAGCGGCUUCAGAGCCGGCGCACUCCUCCCGCGCCAUGCCGUCCAGGCGGCGGCGCCUGGCCACCGGAGCCGGGGAGCCGGAGAUGGAGGAGCCGCAGGCGCAGGUGGAAAAGCCGCAGCCUCCGUUGCCCGUAGGCGGGGGGAUCCUGCCGGGGGGCGCCCGAGGCUACUCGCCGCGGAGGACCCGAAAUCCGAACGCGCAGAAUUGCAUGCAAAUGGAGGUGGUCGCAAAGACCCUCCUUCUCGGCCGCUUCCAGUUCCUCAACUGUUUGCUGGAGCAGCUCCGCGACAAGGUGCAGCAGUUGCGGAGACGGCAGGUCAACAGCAGGACCUCUCUGGGCAUAGCUGCCUUUGUGGGAGUUUUGCACUGGAUACAUUUAGUAACACUUUUUGAAAAUGAUCGUCAUUUUUCCCACCUGUCAUCUUUAGAACGGGAGAUGACUUUUCGAACUGAAAUGGGACUUUAUUAUUCCUACUUCAAGACCAUUAUUGAAGCACCAUCGUUUUUGGAAGGACUCUGGAUGAUAAUGAAUGACAGGCUUACUGAAUAUCCCCUUGUAAUUAAUACAGUGAAACGCUUCCAUCUUUAUCCAGAGGUGAUUAUAGCCUUCUGGUAUCGCAUAUUUGUGGGAAUAAUGAAUUUAUUUGGGCUAGAAGCUAAGACCUGCUGGAAUGUCACCAGGGUAGAACCUUUAAAUGAAGUUCAAAGCUGUGAAGGAUUGGGAGACCCUGCUUGUUUUUAUGUUGCUGUGAUUUUUAUUUUAAAUGGAAUAAUGAUGGGAUUGUUCUUCUUAUAUGGUGCAUACCUGAGUGGGACUCAACUUGGAGGUCUAAUUACAGUUUUGUGCUACUUUUUCAACCAUGGAGAGGCUACUCGUGUAAUGUGGACACCACCUCUCCGGGAAAGUUUUUCAUAUCCAUUUCUUGUACUUCAGAUGUGCAUUUUAACUUUGAUUCUCAGGACCUCGAACAAUAAUAGAAGGCAUUAUAUUGCACUCUGUUUUUCCAAUGUUGCUUUUAUGCUUCCCUGGCAGUUUGCUCAGUUUAUACUUUUUACGCAGAUAGCUUCAUUAUUUCCCAUGUAUGUUGUGGGAUACAUUGAGCCAAACAAAUUUCAGAAGAUCAUUUAUAUGAACAUGGUUUCAGUUCUCCUUUGUUUUGUAUUGAUGUUUGGAAAUCCAAUGUAUUUAUCUUCUUAUUAUUCUUCAUCUUUGUUAAUGACAUUGGUGAUAAUUCUAAAGAGAAAUAAAAUUCAAAGAUUGGGAGUGUCUGAACUCAACUUUUGGCUGAUUCAAGGUUGUGCUUGGUUGUGUGGAACAAUUAUUUUGAAAUUUCUGACAUCUAAAAUCUUAGGUGUUUCAGAUCAUAUUCGCUUGAGUGACCUUAUAGCAGCCAGAAUCCUAAGGUAUACAGAUUUUGAUACCUUAAUUUACACCUGUGCUCCUGAAUUUGACUUCAUGGAAAAAGCGACUCCAUUGAGAUAUACAAAGACAUUAUUGCUUCCAGUUGUUAUGACGAUUACUUAUUUUAUCUUUAAAAAGGCUUAUCGUGAUGUUUUGUGUGUCUUAUCUGCAAAUACUUAUCUAAGAAAACAGCUCCUUGAACAUGGUGAGCUGAUUUUUCACACAUUGCAACUGUUAGCCUUCACUGUCCUUGCCAUUUUAAUCAUGAGGCUGAAGUUGUUUUUAACACCUCACAUGUGUGUUAUGGCUUCCUUGAUAUGUUCUCGACGGCUCUUUGGCUGGCUUUUUUGCAGAGUUCGUUUUGAGAAUGUUAUCUUUGGCAUCCUAACAGUGAUGUCAAUACAAGGUUGUGCAAACCUGCAUAAUCAAUGGAGCAUAAUAGGAGAAUUUAAUAAUUUACCUCAGGAGGAACUGAUACAAUGGAUCAAAUAUAAUACCAGACCAGAUGCUGUUUUUGCAGGUGCCAUGCCUACAAUGGCCAGUGUCAAGCUGUCUACCCUGCACCCCAUUGUGAAUCACCCACAUUACGAGGAUGCAGACUUGAGGGCUCGGACAAAAAUAGUUUAUUCCACAUAUAGUCGAAAAUCUGCAAAAGAAGUGAGAGAUAAAUUGUUGGAGUUACAUGUGAAUUAUUACAUUUUAGAAGAGGCAUGGUGUGUUGUGAGAACUAAGCCUGGUUGCAGUAUGCUGGAAAUUUGGGAUGUGGAAGACCCUUCCAAUACAGCUAAUCCUCCCUUAUGUAGUGUCUUGCUCAAGGAUGGGAGGCCUUACUUCACCACAGUAUUUCAGAAUAGUAUGUACAGAGUAUUAAAGGUUAACUGAGAACAAAACCCACCACACUGUGGUGAAAACAAGUGUGUAGAAAACAAUGACUUUGCCUUAUUUGCAUUAAUUAAAAUCACAAGCUUUAAUAAGGGGUCCUUAAAAAGAAGAUAUUAAAAAUUAUCUCAGGUUA